ACCUUCCUGAAGUUAAUGAUUCGGUCAUUGCGAUGGGUGGCAGUGGCGGUGGAGAGUGGUGGAAACGAAGUAGUGUGGGCCCGGCGUGUAGAGUAGGAGAAGAGUGCGCCAGGAGGGCGAGAGCAGGAGAGAAGGAGGAUCGGACUGUAAAGGAAAGUAAGCCCGAUCCCAGUUCGAACGCUUCGGUUCGAUCUUACGGGUUUAGUCUUGAACGGCAGAUUGUUACUGAUUGUGGCUGAUCAGGAGGAUUCGAAAUAGAUAUCCGAGGGCUAAAUAUCAUCGUAUACAUACACACCGUAUCUGUUAUCAGGGGGUGAACAAACGUCUUUACGUCUUCUUUGAAAAGUAGACAUCGCACCGUACGGGGACCAAACUCUUAUCGUUUUCCCGGUCUUCCGAGGAGUGAUUCUUGACGUUUGUCCGAAGAAAGAAAUCCGCGAGAUAAGAUUCUCGGACCAAGUAGAUUAUCCUCCUGGAAGGCCACCGGCGAUUCGAUGCCGCACGCCGGCAGUCCGUCAGAUAUAGCUGCGAAGAGAAGGCGGAGGCAACAACUACCAGCCACCCUUAAAAAAUGGUGGCCGUGGUGGUUGCUCCUACCAGGAUGUUUGGCAUCGUGGACGCGAUAUGUCGAGGAAUACGACUCUAUUAGAGUGGCCAGAUGCGACGCUCGAUGCGGGGAGAAUCACCCUGACGAGUGUGUAGAAAAUUGUCUGGCAUCGAAUUACACAAAACCUGGUUAUUGUCCCGAGAGAAUGUCCAUGACGCCUUUCGAAGCUGCUUGCUUGGUUGCCUGCGUCGACGACUCGCGCUGUCCGGAUUUGGCAAAGUGUUGCUCCCACGAUUGCGGCAUCACGUGCAUGCAUCCCAUCGGUUUGGAUAGUCAAAACGAUCUGCCGGCUGUGCCCGAGAAUCUGCAGAUACAACAGCAAAAGAGGAACUUGGUACUUCUAACGUGGCGCAACGGCAGGCCAGGCAUCGGUAAUAUGUCCGCUAUCGACAACGAUGGGGAUGUCCGGUAUUUGGUGGAGGAACGUCAUUUGGUCGGUCCCAGAUAUUUGGAAUCCAGGCUGAGUUCCUGGGCUGUAUGUCACGUGUCGACGAAACCGCACGCGACCCUCCGAGGUAAACUGAAAACAGGACAUUGGUAUCAGUUUCGUGUGGCGGCUGUCAAUGAAAAUGGAUCGCGCGGAUAUUCACAACCCUCGAGACCUUUUAAAACGAAAGAACCACGGAAUCCGAAGGAACCACAGAACUUGACUUUGUCUAACGCACGGCUCAUCGGUGAAAAGCUGCGUAUUAAUUUACGAUGGGUUAAACCGGCGUCAGAUGUGCCGAUAUCGUUUUACAAAGUAUUCUGGAGCAGAUUUAUUCAUGGACCAACAAACGAUUCCAUUCUCGUCUAUCAUAAAACAAUUCUUAAAGACAAGACUUGCUAUGAGCUAAAGAAUCUGGAAUUUAAGUGCCAGUACUUCCUUCAGGUGCAAGCGGUGGCGAUGUACGGCGGUCGACGUCUUACUUCGCGCAAGGCGUCGAAGGUCUUCAACAGCACCGAUUAUAUGGCGUACGCCGACGUCGGGAGACGUUCCCGCAGGUGCGAGCGAACGCAGGCUGGUCUUCAUGUGCGUCACAUGAAUUGCCACUGUGGAGAAGUCAGAGCGCGUUUAGUUUGGUCGGCGAGCAGCGAUGCUAGCAUGUAUAAUGUCACCUGGCAAGAGGAAUCCUGUUCGCGUGAAAGAAAUCCAGAACGACAGAAAUUUGCUGCUUGGAAAGUAGUACAGACAUCGCAUUAUGAUCUACGACAACUUCGAAAUGACUGUAUGUACAGCGCGAAUAUACGAAAUAUAUUGAAGAAUGGCGAAAGUGUUGGUUAUGGGACCAGUAUAGAAUUCUUCGCAACCGGAUGUCAAAACGAUCAAAAACAACGGAAGUAUUCGCGAGGAAAAGCAAUGCGAUGCAAAACAAAGUCAUCUAGAUCCAUAAAGCAAUUUUCCGGUUUAUUUGUGAUAAAUAAAUAAGUAAAUAAAUUUUGCCAAUGUAUAAAUCAAGGAAAUGAUAUUAUGUAAGCUGUAAUUAUAACAUGUAACUUACGAAGAUAAUAAUAAUAAUUUUUUUAUGGCUUAUAA